GUUUUCUUCUUCAGUAUGAGUCAGUAUUCCGGUGUGGCAUGUUGUGCGUCCGAUUCUAGUUUUCGCGUGUGGAAUUUUGUCUCCCGUGUCUCUCUUGAGAAAUUCAAAUUAUUGAUGGCAGUAUAGAAAUCCGUGUCCGUGAGUGGGACCAGAAGUGCGUCGCGUAAUAUUUUGGCGUUCGUGGGCGGUUUUUGUUUGAUUGUGGGUGGUUUAGUGUCCUCGCAAGAUGAAAGCCAAGUGCAAAAUUCGCAUAUAAAUUACUGCUAGAGAGAAAACAAAAUUGGAUCAAGAAGCCAAGGCGCAGACUUCGGUCGACGAAUAUUGGACGGGUGUGAGAAAGAGAGGGGUGUGUUGCCCGUUUUUGGAAAACGUGUGCUGGUGCGAGGGAGAGCGGUGUUCUCCACUUGUGUGUGAAGAGUGUUUUCUUCUUGACAACGGGGUCGUGCAAAGAGGUGCCAAGAAGGGGGGAAACUUCGACGGGGCGUUUCUCUUGCUCUGUUGAUUUGAUUGUGUUUUUGAUUUGAAAAAUUUAGUGAAAGGAAAUUCCUUCCCGAUAUUUUAAUUGUGUGCUUUUUAUCAAUCGUUUUAAACGGGAAUACCAAGAUUAAGUUAAUGAAUGAUUUGAUGUGAAUUUUAUGAAGAGUGCAAUCACUUUGUGAAUAGAAUAAAAGUGUCACUAGCAAUUGAAACUAGAAGCAAAGUUGUUUUGAAGGAUAUCGUAAACAAUCAGAAGGAUUAAUUGGCAAAUCGGCAAAUCCUGCUCCAAGUGACGACAACAAUCAGUGUUACUGUAUUUCUUUUGAAAUAAUACAACAGGAACAACAUCAGCAUCUUCAAAAUGGGUUGGGGAAUCGAUCUAUGGGAUCAGUACGAGAACCUGGCGACACACACACAGAAAGGGAUUGAUUUUUUAGAACGAUAUGGUAAUUUUAUUCGUGAUCGAAGUGCCAUUGAAGUCGAAUACGCCGGAAAGCUAAGGCGGCUUGUCAAAAACUAUCAACCAAAAAAGAGCAAAGAAGACGAAGAAAACGAAUUCUCCUCCUUCCAAGCAUUCAAAUGUGUCCUCAAAGAAGUGGCAGACCUCGCCGGGCAACGGGAAGUUGUUGCUGAAAACCUCCAGUUACAAGUCCUCCAGGGUAUUAGUCUAUUGGCCAAAAAUCUGCGCGAUGAGCGCAAAAAGUCCCUCACCGAGGGUGCUCUGCUCACACAGAACCUCAACAGUCAAAUAGCAGCCUUAGACCGAGCGAAACGAAACUACGAGAAAGCGUUUCGAGAGGCAGAAAAAUCUAUCGAUAGCUACCAGAGGGCGGAUGCUGACCUGAACCUGAGUAGGGCCGAGGUGGAGAAGCAGCGAAACAACAUGAACAUCCGCUGUGGUCAGUCGGAGGAUGCGAAAAACGAAUAUGCCAACCAGCUGCAAAAGACCAACAAACUGCAGCAGACACACUUUGAAUCAUCGUUGCCAGAGGUUUUUAACCGAUUACAAGAGCUGGACGAGAAGAGAACACGAGGACUGAAGGAAUUCAUUAAGGGUGCAGCGGAUGUGGAAUCGGCCGUGGCACCCAUCAUCGCGAGGUGCCUUGAGGGCAUGGUCAAAGCAGCGGACGCCAUCAACGAGAAGGAAGACUCACUAAAAGUCAUAGAAAAGUAUCAAUCGGGCUUUCAACCUCCGGGGGAUUUGCCGUUCGAGGAUCUCUCGAAGGCGGACUCGGACACCUCUAACAACUCGCAAACCUACACCUCAACUGGUCGACUGAAUCACCUCACGGCGAAAGGCACGACGUCCCAGAAGCUGAAAAAGCGCGUUGGAAUCUUCGGGUAUUUUGCCAGCAAUAAGAAGAUUGUUGAAGCCUGCAUCCAAGUGAAGAACAACCUCUCGACGGACGGUAUGAAGGAAGAUUUCAGUGAUCUACCACCGACGCAGCGGCGGAAAAAGCUAGCCGGGAAAGUGCAAGAACUGCAGCAGAAAGUGGCGCAGGAGCAGGCCGCCAGUGAAGGACUGAUGAAGAUGAAGGGAGUUUACGAAGCCAACUCAUUGCUUGGUGAUCCGCGAUCGGUGGAAGAACAGCUAAACGAAUCGGUCAACAAGCUAGACAAACUAAGAAUGGAACUCCAGCGAUAUCAAAAGCUGCUCGAUCAAGCCAACAGUCAAACCAUCGUACAACACAGUCCGCAAGCGAACCGAGUGAUACAAAAUGGACAACGGUCCUCCAGUCUUUCAAAUUACAGACAUUCCAACGGGAGCAAUCAUCACGACCACCAUAAUGAUGACCACGGCGAAGACCAUCCCGAUCACGACGCUGGCAGUUUAAGCAGGUCAGCAUCAGAGAGUAGUGUACAGCAAGCGCAAAAUGGGCUUAAUAUUAACAAUAACGGUAGUUCAGCUAGUCCGGAGAGUGGUCUUGGAACGUCCCAUACGUCACUACCCGGCUCCGGUCAGGGUAGCACCAACGAUCAGCCCAUCAACGACGAAAUGUAUUACGAAGCCGAAGCUUUACCACCGUUAGGCACCUGCAAAGCAUUAUAUCCAUUCGAUGCGACGAGUGAGGGAAGCAUUCCAAUGUCCGAAGGCGAGGAGCUGCUGGUGAUAGAACUGGAUCAAGGGGACGGUUGGACCCGAGUGCGACGGUUAUGCGGUCCCAACGGCUGGGAAGAAGGAUUUGUUCCAACUAGCUAUAUUGAAAGUACGCUAUAUGCGUAGUGUUGAUCACAACGCAUCAUCGAACCGUAAUGCUUAGUAAGUCGUAAUGAUAAGCGAUAGUAGUAUCGUGUUUUAUUACAUUCAACUGUGCUUGUUAAUAACCACGAAUACACAACAGUGUGGCAAAUGUUGACGUACAGCAAACGAUGCAUUAACUCCUGUAAAUAUCUAAAUAAAUUCCUUAAGCUAAAAAGUGCAAACUUCAAAAAGAAAGCUACUAUGAAUGAGAUAGUAGGGCAUACCUACCAAGGAGCGUUCAGAGUUGAGAACCUAACAAAAUCAAUUAACAUGUAAGAUUAUGAUAAAUUAUUACUUUUGUAUUUGUUCUGGUAAAUGUGCAAAACAGUCAACUGCUCUAUCGGUUGGUUCAGAAAGUUUCAGCUUUCUUUAUUUGAUGGGCUAACGAAGGAACGAACUCGAAUUCGCUGCAUCGUUAACCGAGAAAACCUUAUUAUUACAGUAUACUUUAACAUGCGAUAGUAGAUCAAUUUAGCUUAGUUAUAUGACAAACGGUCUGUUUUUAUUCAAUUGAACGUGCGCCUGAACGAAUGAGCGAGUCGAAAGGAAUGCUAGAAAUCGCGAACAUCAAUGCUCAAAACGAUAAGAUUUAUUUUUGUUUUAUUAAUUUUGUAAUAUAGUAAACAUUAAAAAUCCAUUAAUCAAUCAAAAAGCGAAAGAAGGAAUUGCAAGUUCAUUUCUUUCAGAAAAUGUCGCUAACAUUGCCAUUAAUCAUUACAAAAAUGAGAAAACAAAAUUUAGAAAAGUCAUUUAAUUUUCCUUUCUUUGAAAGAAAUAUUGCAUAUUAAAAAGCUUCGCCCAUAUCUAUAAUUACAAAGUAACAAUCGAAACAACUGUGUAUGACAACAAGAUAUAACUGCUACCUACUGAAUCAGAUGUGAAAAAAUAGAGCAUUAUAUUGUUACGAAACAUCAAUACCUGAGCAGUCAGAAUACUAUUACCUAUCUGUAAUGCAACGAUUAGGACUACAGAUUGUUUCAAUCCCAUUCACAACCGAACCUACAGUCAUCAAGACCUGCAUUGGAACAUCAAAUAAACUCAAAACAAAUAUCCAAUUGAA